GAAAGGGGAACACAGCAGCAGAUCACGGCCGAACUCGCAAGCAACCAACCCAUGAGCUACUAUCGAGUCGGACCGAAAGACCUUGGGAGAUAAAAAAGACGCGAACUCGAGAAUUAAUCGGAAAAGAAACAUGGAACCUCUUGUGGGAAACUACGCCACGGCCUCGCAGCUCAUCGACGAGGCGCACUCUUGCGAUCCCAAGACGAUCGAGGGAAAGAGCAGCCCUGUCCCGUACGAGCUUCACUAUGCGCAGAAAAUGACGCGCUGGCUCGCGGCGCGCAGCCCAGAGGCUUCGCCGACCUUGCAGCUUGCCUGCCGUGCGCAGCAUUUUCGACGAUGGGAGAUCCCGCGGAGUAGCUAUCCCAUGACGCGGCCGGGCUACCUGACGUGGCGGGCCAAGCUCAAGUCGCAGGCGGCAGCGCAGGUAGCCGAGCUGCUGGCGUCGCCGGCCGUCGACCCGCCGCUGGCCGCGCACGACAUCGACCGCGUUGCGGCCCUGGUGCGCAAGGAGAACCUGCGCGACGACGACGAGACGCAGGUCCUCGAGGACGUGGCCUGCCUCGUUUUUCUUGAUGACCAGUUCGACGCCUUCGAGAGCAAGCCAGAGAUGGACGAGGACAAGAUCGUCGCCAUCCUCCAGAAGACGUGGGCCAAGAUGAGCCCCGCCGGCCACGCCCUCGCCCUGCAGAUGCAGCUCAGCGGCAGAGCCCAGACGCUGAUUCAGAAGGCUCUUGGGGGGUAGUUUGAGCAGCUUGUGUGUCAUUUGACUGGGUUGGUGGAGGGUAUUGACGUCGCGGUGGCUUGACUUUGCUUCAUUGUCCGGCCCGCUUAGGGCGGCAUUCUUAGCGAAAGCGCUGCUGCUCGGCUCGGUCGAAUCCCGUCCGAGUUUGCCGGCUGCCGUGAGCUCCCCGCCGAAGACCGACAUCGACAUCCGAGUUAGUGUCGCAAUGUCGACGGGUGCCGCCAAUCAGAAUAUUUUGAACUUCUUUUGUCUUACUUUGGAUAUAAAUUUCACCGAGCUUUUA